AUGGAGGCAUCAGAGGUUACUUCGCGUGAAUCAAUCUUUGACCGAGAAAUCAAGGAUAUUAAAUCGUUUAACUUUUGGCGGGCUGUAAUAGCAGAGUACAUCGGGACGUUGAUUCUUUUUCAGUGGUCCAUAGGAUCGUCGUUACAUGACCCCGAGGACCAGUCACCCCCGGACCCACUUAUAGGUGCUAUCUGUACUGGAUUUGUUGUAGCUGUCGUGAUCAACUCACUCCUGAAUGUUAGUGGCGGGCACGUGAACCCCGCAGUCUCUAUAGGAUUUCUAGUGCUGGGAAAGAUCACCUUUAUCCGUUUUAUUUUUUACGUCUGUGCUCAAUGUCUCGCCGGUCUCUCGGCUGUGGCUAUUUUAAGUAAACUUACUCCUGAAGGAAUGAUAGGACUGCCGGCACUUAUAAGCCCAGCGCCUGGAGUUACAAAUGUACAGGCGUUUUUCAUUGAAUUCAGCAUCGAUUUCUUUCUUUUGUUUUCAAUAGCGGCUCUUAUAGAUGACAAGCGUCCCGACGACACGUCACCGACGCCAUUUUACGUCGGGCUGAUUGUGGUUGGAAAUAUUUUAUUUGCUGCAAGAACUUCCGGUGGUUGUAUGAAUCCAGCAAGAAACUUUGGACCUGCAAUCCUGGCCGGAAAUUUAGAAACGCAAUGGGUUUACUGGCUCGGACCUCUUCUUGGCGCAGCUUCAGGGGCAUUUCUGUACGACAAAUUCCUGUCAGCCGCUGCUAUGUCCGGUUCCGUAUUUCUCAAUUCUUGCUGUAAAAAUAAAUCAGACGAACAAAAGACAACCAGACCUGCAGAAUCAUCAAAUAACGAGAAGGAAUGCAUGCUUACAACGGAAGCUUAGUUAUUGUUUAGUGACUACCUCUAUAGACAUCUACUUUAUAUAUAAGUAAACACAUGACAACUGAAAGCAAAUGCAAAACACAGAUUCGUAUAUUGUAUUGUUCAAUCCGUAUGCUAUGGGCUAAUUUUUGAACUUUAAACUAGUUAUCAGUUAUUUUUAUAAAGUAUUUCACAAUCGUUCAAUUGAACAAAGAUGAAUUAAGCCCAGAGUUACCGGCCUUGCUCUCUGCUUCUUCAUUAUCGUGACUAUUGUUCAGAGGGUUAGUGAAUUAUUUGUUUUAUUUAUUAUGUUUUCAAAUAUUCGAUUAAUCAGUUAUUUGUAGUAUUUUUAUUCUCAAUUAUUCGAUUUAUGAAUUAUUUUUUAGUAUUUGUAUUUUCAAUUAUUCGAUUUAUCUAUUAUCUGUAGUAUUUGUACAUUUAAUUAUUCGAUUUUUUAAUUAUUUGUAGUAUUUUUACUCUCAGUUAUUCGAUUUAUGAAUUAUUUUUUAGUAUUUGUAUUUUUAAUUGUUCGAUUUAUCGAUUAUCAGUAGUAUUUGUAUUUUCAAUUAUUCAUUUAUGAGUUGUUUGUAGUAUUUUUAUUCUCAAUUAUUCGAUUUAUGAAUUAUCUGUAGUAUUUGUGCAUUCAAUUAUUCGAU